CCGAGACCGGCAAGCUGGCUUACCCCGCGAGGCAGCUGUCUGCGUUUCUCAGCUCCGUCAGUAAGCGGAGCUACCCCACCAUAUCUAGCAUGACCUCACGAGCGUCGGCGAACUCCCGCCUUAAUCUUUUCUCCAAGCACCUCGACUCCAAGCCAUUCCUCGAGUUGAACACACCAUUUUCAACGGAACGCAGCGGACAUCUCGAAGACGCACAAGGCAACCGCAUCGCACGUAACAAACCCCAAGAAGCCAAGCAGCCCGAACCAGAGCAAUUGCCAAAGAGAGAAGAACCACCCAAGAUGGCAUCUACCCAGUCUCCCCACCCAGCCCUCAUGAUCCCUGGACCGAUCGAGUUCGACGAUGAAGUCCUCAAGUCCAUGAGCUUUUACAGUGAAUCGCACGUUGGCCAGCCGUUUGUCAACUGCUUCAGCGAAGUACUCCAGAACCUACGCAAGCUCUUCCAGACCUCCAACCCUGCCUCGCAACCAUUCGUCAUCUCCGGCUCUGGCACACUCGGAUGGGACCAGGUCGCCGCCAAUUUGGCUGAGCCUGGUGAUGAGGUUCUUGUUCUUCACACUGGAUACUUCGCUGAUUCGUUCGCCGACUGCUUCGAGACAUACGGUGCUAAGGUCACACAGUUGAAGGCACCCAUCGGUGACCGACCGCAGCUCGACGAGAUUGAGAAGGCACUCAAAGAGAAGAACUACAAAAUCGUCACAGUUACACAUGUUGACACGUCUACUGGUGUACUCAGUGAGCUCAAGCCCUUGAGCGACCUCGUUCAAAAAGUCAGCCCCGAGACACUGCUGGUAGUCGACGGCGUGUGCAGUGUCGGUUCCGAGGAGAUCCGCUUCGAUGACUGGAAAUUGGACGUCGUCCUCACUGCAUCACAGAAGGCUAUCGGAUGCCCUGCUGGCCUUAGCAUUCUGAUGGCCUCCGGCAAGGCAAUCGAGGUAUUCAAGAACAGGAAGACAAGGCCCACAUCGUACUUCGGUUCUUGGAAGAACUGGCUGCCAAUCAUGCAAAACUACGAAGCCAAGAAGCCAUCCUACUUCGCUACCCCCUCGCCCCAGCUCGUUCAUGCUCUGGACACUGCGCUCAAGCAGAUUUUGUCGCGACCACUUGAGCAGCGUUUUGCCGACCACAAGGCCGCGUCGAAUAAGAUCAAGCAGGCUGUGGCCAACUUUGGUCUGAAGCAGCUUGCUUCUAAGCCUGAGAAUCAAGCCAAUGGCAUGACCGCUAUCUACCUGCCAGAGGGCGUGACACCCCCUGACGUUCUCCCCAACCUACUGAAGAAGGGCGUUAUCUUCGCCGGCGGUCUGCACAAGGAAAUCGCUACUAAAUACAUCAGGUGUGGGCACAUGGGUGUCAGCGUGACAGAUCCCAAUCGCAAGGAUCUGACCAAAGCGAUUGAGAGCCUGCAGGAGGCGUUGACAGAGGUCGGGCACAAGGCAUAGAUGUUCCGAGCUGUAUGUUGAUGGUGGGGUACCAAGCCUGCAAGCUUGCUCAAUAAGCAACAAGAUUGAGUCGCAUAUGUUUCUGCACGUCAGUCAAUUCGCCU